UUCACCCACCCUCGAACUGCACCACACGUCCCGAGGCAGGUGACGCGGGAGAGAGUGGCAAUGGCGGUGGUGGUCAGCAUCCUCGCGCUCCAGGGCUCCUACAACGAGCACAUGGCCGCGCUGAGGAGGAUCGGGGCCAAGGGCGUGGAGGUGCGGAAGCCGGAGCAGCUGCUGGGCCUCGACUCGCUCAUCAUCCCCGGCGGCGAGAGCACCACCAUGGCCAAGCUCGCCAACUACCACAACCUCUUUCCUGCACUUCGAGAAUUUGUCAGUGCAGGAAAACCUGUAUGGGGAACCUGUGCUGGGCUCAUCUUCCUUGCAAACAAGGCAGUAGGGCAAAAAACAGGAGGCCAGGAACUUGUUGGGGGACUAGAUUGUACUGUCCACCGUAACUUUUUUGGGAGUCAGCUUCAAAGCUUUGAAACAGAACUUUCAGUGCCGAUGCUUGCGGAGAAGGAAGGAGGAAAUCAUACAUGCCGUGGCGUAUUUAUACGAGCUCCUGCUAUAUUGGAAGUUGGAGCAGAUGUUGAAGUAUUGGCUGAUUGCCCUGUUCCCGCUGGUAGACCCAGCAUUACAAUUUCAUCUGGCGAGGGUUUGGAGGACGAAGUGUACUCCAAAGACAGGGUGAUUGUCGCAGUACGUCAAGGGAACAUCCUUGCCACCGCGUUCCACCCAGAAUUAACAUCAGACUCUAGAUGGCAUCGCCUCUUCUUGGACAUGGACAAAGAAUCUCAAUCGAGGGCCUUAUCUGCGUUAUCACUAUCAGCAUCUUCAAGCGAGGCGGGAGCCGUGGAGAAGAAUAAGCCUCUUGAUCUGCCCAUCUUCGAGUAGGACUAAGAAAACUAAAGUUUGAUCAUUCGCUUGUGUGAGGAAAGGGUUUUGGGCAAUGUGUUAUGCUCACUCCAGGGUAUAUUUUCUUGCGUCAAAACUGUACCGAUCAAAAUAAGCACAUUUGUGCUCAACAGUCAACACUAUGAUAUUGCUGUGAGAAAGAAGCUGAGCAGCUGAAUAUGUGUUAUUGUAGUACUACAAACCUUAGUGACGGGGGUUAUUACAGAUGUACUACAACGGUUACAAAUACAUACUAAAAUCUGUUGUCGUUUUGACACAGAAAUUUUCAGUACAUUGGUAGAUAAGGUUGCUUUAUUUUA